UGCGGACAGCCCAGCCUAAACGACCAACCAGCCCAGAGCCUGUCAAGAGCCCCCAUUCCAGGACCAGGGCAACCCACAGCCAACCCAGAUGACCUCCACACAGCGCAGAGUACUCCGGACCCCUAGCAUGGCAAUCCUUGCGCGGCUGCUGCUGGCUAUGCUGGUGGUGCCCGUGACAGUGGCCCAGCCCACCCAACUGCUGAGCUUGCUCACCUCAGGCCAGGACACUCUGGAUCCGGAGGACCUGAGCAGCCUGUUAAAUACGCUUGCGGACCGUGUGCACUGCACCAACGUGCCGUGUGGAAAGUGCGUGUCUGUGGAGGAUGCCUUGGCUCUGGGCAGGCUGGACAAGCCAGAGGUCACCCCAGCAACGGUCCUGCAGUCCAGAUUCAUUGUGCGCCUCUGUGCCGCCCUGGCCCUGUACCUCAGCAACCCAGAGGGCACAUGUGCGGACAUCCAGGCUGGCCGCUGGGCCUCUCGUGCUGACCACUUCCUAGCCCAGCUUGAAAGUCCUGAGGCCAUGACCCCAGGCCUGAACCAGCUGCUCCAGAGGAUUGAGGCCCAGACUGUCAGGCAGCACACUGGGGAAGAGACCUGUGUAGAAGUGCCUCAGCUGCUGCAGGAGGUGGUGAGAGCAGGGGCUCCCAGCAGACCUGGCCCAGUCCUGGCAGCCCUUCUGGACCAUGUCAAGAGCGGGGCAUGCUUCCAUGCCCUGCCAAGUCCUCAGUACUUCGUGGACUUUGUGUUUCGGCAGCACAGCAGUGAGGCCCCCAAUAUAACCCUGGCCGAGCUGGAAGCUUUAAUGCAGCGCCUAGGGGUGGGGGGAGAGGCCCAUGGCGACCAUGAUGACCACGGUGACCAUGAUGACCACAGUCAUCUGGACAGAGAGGCCAGUUACCAGGACUCUGUGCCCCUUGAUGCCCUCAACAGCAGCUCAAGUGUGUGGGACACGUUAUGCCUGAGUGCCAGAGAUGUGAUGGCUGUAUACGGGCUGUCUGAGGAGGCUGGAGUGAGCCCUGAGGCUUGGGCUCAAAUUAGCCCUGCCCUGCUCCAACAGCAGCUGAGUGAGGCCUGCAACCACCAGCACAGCUCCCCGGCCCCAGACCAGCUCAGCCAGGCAGAGAGGUACCUGUAUGGCUCUUUGGCCACACUGCUCAUCUGCCUCUGCGCCGUCUUUGGCCUCCUGCUGCUGACCUGUACCAGCUGCAGCACAGUCACGCACUAUGUCAUGCAGACCUUCUUGAGCUUGGCAGUGGGUGCACUCACCGGGGACGCCCUGCUACACCUGACACCCAAGGUGCUCGGACUGCACACGCACAGCCACGGUGCAGCGGAUGACGUGCACCAAGACGGUGUGGGCGCCCAGGCCACCUGGCGCUUACUGGCUGUGCUGGGAGGCCUCUACUUCUUCUUCCUCUUUGAAAGCCUCUUCAACCUCUUGCUGCCCAGGGAUCAGGACCCAGAGAAGACCGGGCCCUGCAGUCACAGCAGCCACAGCCACGGGGGCCACAGCCAUGGCAUAUCCCUGCAGCUGGCACCCAGAGAGUUCCGGCAGCCCAAGCAGUCCCAUGAGGGCUCCCAUGCGGAUCUGGUAGCAGAAGAGAGUCCGGAGCUACUGGACUUGGAGUCCCUGAGGCUGAGCUCAGAGCUGAGGCUGCUACCGUACCUAAUCACGCUGGGAGAUGCAGUGCACAACUUCGCAGAUGGGCUGGCUGUGGGAGCGGCCUUCGCCUCCUCCUGGAAGACGGGGUUGGCCACCUCUCUGGCUGUGUUCUGCCAUGAGCUGCCACAUGAGUUGGGGGACUUCGCUGCUCUGCUGCACGCGGGUCUGUCAGUGCGGCGCGCGCUGCUGCUGAACCUGGCUUCGGCGCUCACCGCCUUCAUCGGCCUCUACGUGGCGCUCGCGGUCCGAAUCAGCGAGGAGAGCGAGGCCUGGAUCCUGGCGGUGGCCACUGGCCUCUUCCUCUAUGUAGCGCUCUGUGACAUGCUGCCGGCCAUGCUGAAUGUGCGGGACCCGCGGCCCUGGCUCCUCUUUCUGCUGCACAACUUGGGCCUGCUAGGCGGCUGGGCCAUCCUGCUGCUCCUGUCUCUGUACGAGGAGGACAUCACUUUCUCAUAGCCCUCUUCCAGUCUGCAGUCCUCAACUCUGCUUCCAGGCCCUGGGUAUCUCAAAGUGUAAACAGCCCAGGGGCCACGGGUCCUC